UAACGGGAACUAAGUCUGGCUGCGGGGGGGGAGGCUGCGGGGCGUGCACCGUCAUGGUGUCCCGCUACCAACCUGCCACCAAAACCAUCAUGCAUUUCUCAGCGAACGCCUGCCUGCUGCCGCUCUGCUCGCUGCAGGGAGCCGCCGUCACCACCGUGGAGGGGGUCGGCAGCACCAAGAGCCGCAUUCACCCAGUGCAGGAGCGGAUAGCGAAGGCUCACGGCUCUCAGUGCGGUUUCUGCACCCCGGGCAUGGUGAUGUCGAUGUACACCCUGCUGAGGAACAAACCUCAGCCCAGCAUGGAGGACAUCACACAGCACCUCGCCGGAAAUCUGUGUCGCUGUACUGGAUAUCGGCCCAUUAUCGACGGCUGCAGGACUUUCUGUCAGGAAGAAAACUGCUGUCAAGCUAAUGGAGCCGGAGACUGUUGCCUCAAUGGAGACAAAAAUGAUGAUGAAGCAGAGCGUAGAGGUGAGUAG